UGGCCCAUCUUCCUUUUUUCGUUUGUCGUAGACACCUGGCGAUGGUCAGUGCUCAAUGGGGCUACAGGAGAAAAUAAUUAUAACAAAUACUGGUGGCAACUGCGGUGUGAAGUACAAGGAGUCUCUCCACCUAUCGGAAGGACAGAAGACGAUUUUGACCCUGGUUCCACGUAUGAUAUAGCAGCAGAUCUCCAGUCCAUGAG